CCCAUCUUGGUUUGUUGAACCUAUAAAAAAAUACAUCAUUACUGAAUACAUUUCAAAUAAUUUUUGCUAAUAAGUCGCUCUACCUAUAUGAUAUAUAACAUUAAAUUUGUAUAUAUAUUAAUUUCCAAUACAAAAUAUAUCAUUCCUAUAAAAGAAUUACUGUAUGUAGUUUGUCGACAAGGUAUGUAUAACUCUAUAAUACUAGACAAAUUUUAUUAAUACAUAAAAAUAAUUCAGACUCAAUGAAUAUUAGCAAUGACCAAAAAUGUAUAACACCUAAGUACCUACAUAAAAAAUACUUUGUAAAAAAAUAAGUAAAGCAUUAGAUAGGGAUUAUUUUAACAAUUUUCAGUUUUUGUAAUAAAACGUUAUCUUUUCUUACCUCACAGCAAGAAGCCUGUAAAUUUUAAAAAGCAUAACAGCAAUUUUUCAUUAUUUUUAAUGUAGAAUAACAACAGUAAGAUUGUAGUAAAAGUAAAACAAUAAUAUAAUAAAAAAAAUGUAUUAAAAAUAAGUGAAAUAACAGAAUUUUAUGUUUAUUUAUUAAAAAUUAGAAAAGCGAAAUAAAACUUGUUUAGUGGGCUGAUUUUCUAUAUUUUAGUUUUUAAAUGGGAGUGGAACUGUUGACGUGACUUGUUUAUGUUAUGCUUGUCUUUCAAUACUGAUACUUCAAAUUAAGUAAGUUUUUUCACUAGCACAUAUUUAUGCGAGAUACCACUCUUUUUUGAAAAAUGUUUUGAAUCAGAUCACGUUUUCUUUUAAAGCGGGACAUUUUUGCAUUCUUUGGGGACAAUGGUACACAUAACUUGAAAGUGGGUUUGUCUUGCCUAAAGCGGGACUUAUGAUGUUAGGUAUGACUCAAAAAUAAAAGUUUACUUCAGGUUGAUUUUCAUUUUUAUCUCUUCCUCCUUUUUCGAUUCAGUUAGUUUUGAACUGGUUUGAGACACAUGCCUCAAGUUCUGGGCUGGAGUCCAGUUUAAAUGAUUACUAACUUCGAAGGAACUCUGUUUCCCUAAAAAUAAGAAAGUCAUACUUGAUGUCUCUAUUAUUAUACACUUUUAUGUAUCCUUGAUAUAUGUAAAAAGAUCACUUUUUGAGAUGUAUGUUAUUAGUAUCAUGAGUUCCUUUACUUUAAUUUAUUGGUGCAGACCAGACAGUUGAUUAAACACAAUACACAAUAAAUAGCAUUCUCAUUCUGCUCUUCAAAGUAUGAUCUAGUUACAGUAUGUUUUUAUUUGUGUGUCAAAAAAAUGUAUUUUACCUGUAAUAAAAUGACUAUUACAAUUUCUUUGAUUAGUCUAAGUAUGUAGAAUUCAAGAUCCAUAGAGGCAAUAAAAACAUCAUGACUUUACAACCCAAAAUAAUACAAGUUGUAGGUUUUUCGCCGUAAAAUUGUCACAACCACUUUCAGAAGGGUACUUAUAUAAACUCUAAUUCACUGUACAAAUCAAUUCAACUCAAAUUUUUUAAAAAAAUACUAAAGUAAACAAUUCACAUAACCUUCUUUGUGCCAACCAAAUGUCAUUCCAUUUUUUUUCCUCCAUGAUUUUUUGACAGAUUUGAUGUUGAGAAAACAAAUCGUAAACAAAAAUGAUCGUUCAGCGUCAUUCCAACCGCUUAUGAAACAUGUUUCUUUGCUUUUAAAACAUGUUUGACGACGAUGAACACGGCCAUUAGCAUUGAAUUCAGUGACCCAAAAAACGCUACCUUAUGUGUUUAAAUAAAUAAAAUAUGCUCUCGACAUCUGGAAAUAUUAUUAAAAAUGAAUAGUUUUGGAACGGAUAUAUGGAACUUUGGCAGCUCUGUAGCUGCCAAAAUAUUGAUUUUGGCGCUUUGUGCCCAUGGAGACUUUUGUUCAGGAUGACGAAAUCUACAACAUAUCAAAAAUUCAGACAAUUUGACCGAAACCCAAUUUCCAUAAGAUUAUUGCGGGGUCCUUUGAUUUUUUAGUUUCUAUUGAAAUAGUAUUUGGAAAUAUGGAAAAAGAAAAAAGAAAACGAACCUCCAAGAAGCAAUUCGAGAUUUAUGUCCAAUACAUUAAAGAACAUAAUGUUCUAAAAACGGGCAAAAUGACUCCUGGUAUUAUUCCUAAGGAUAUCGAGAAUAUUUGGGAUCAGAUGUGUACUGAUUUAAAUGCCGUAGGAGAUGGACCUACACGACCUGCAACUGAAUGGAAAAAGGUAUUUAGGGAAUGGAAAACAGCCGUCAGAAAAAAAGCAAGAACAAAUAAGGAACUAUCGAAAUUGGAAGAAGAGCUACUUAAUGAAACGGGGAAUGUUGUAGUUGUGGGAUUUUUAAACGAGUUAGGUGUAAAUGAACCUGUAAUCAAUGAGUUUCAAGUUGAAGAGGUGGAUGAAACAGACGAAAACGCAGUUGUAGAGGAUGAAGAAAAAGAGGGCGAAGAAGAAGAAGAAAUCUUGUUGAUAGAGGUGGAAAAAACUAUGCAGCCCAAAACAAAAAAAACUAAAAAGAGAUCUGCGAAUCCUCUACUUGAUGCUUAUAGACAGGGCCAGGAAGAGGAGAGAAGUACUUUGGGAGAAAUAGCAGGGGCUCUUAAUAACAUUGCCAUAGAAAAAGCUCAUAAAACUAGUCAGGCACAAUACAGAUUAUACUUAUUGCUGCUAGAAAAAUACAAAUUUAGCAAAAUACCUGAAAAUGAAUUUGAAACUCUUUGUCGGGAACUGAAUUGUAUUAGAGGGGCUGUAAAAUCAACAGAAAAGUGGCGACAGACUUUUUUUGAGUGGGUGUGCAAAACAAAAAAAAAGGCUAGAGAAAUAUUUUACCAUCAACAACAAACUGGUGGAGGUCCAGCAAUCAACAAAAAUUUAAGUGACAUAGAAAAUUGGUUAAUUUCCAUUAUCAACAAAGUGGCCAUCACUGGUAUUGCCAUAUGUGAAUUAGGUUUAAAGAAAAUAAAACAACAGACCAACAGGGUGAACAUUCAUCAGCGGAAACCAUAUAAGAAAUAUAGGCAGAGAAAAAGACAUACAAAAGCUCAGGAAAGAAUUAAACUUCUGUAUAAAACUCAACAUUCUCUGAUGUGCAACAUACUUUACAAUCUUCAAAAAUCCAUCGAUAAUGUUGUAAAUGCUUUUAAUAGAUUAUUUAUAAUAUUUAUGCCUUAAUACAUUUUUGUUUUAAAAACUGAAUGUAUAUAUAACUUAUUUUAUCAAAUAUUAUUUUUUUAUUAGCCAACAUUGUGUUAUGUAAAUAUGUUGAAGUAAAGACGCAGUUGUUUGUAUUUUUUUAAUUCCAAUUAAAAAUGGUCAGUAUAUUUGAAACAAAAUAAAAACAUAAUAUACCUAUAUCAAAAAUUUAAAAAGUAAGUCCGCAAAAUUCUGUUUCUUAUAUUUCGCCCCUUCAUUGCGGAUUGGAUUUACACCUGGAUUGUGAUUAUUCAGAUGAUCAUCUCCAGCGUCAAG